GAGAGAGAGAGAGAGAGAGAGAGAAGGAGGAGGGGGCGCGAGCGAGCGUUCGUUCGCCGCUGUUGCUCGGGGCUCGCGGAAAAACCGAUCACAUGGAUUCCAAGGUUCCAUUUUUCAACGGCGCUUCGAUCUGAGCGCGCGCUGACAGCCCCGGUGACCGGCGCAUCCAUCAGAGACGCGCGAGGGAAAGAGGCAUCACUUCGCCGGUUCCAUCGAUCUGCCGGAACUGGGCAGAGGCACCGGCAGUCGGUCCGUGUGUGUGUGCGUGUGCGCAGGAGUGAGGAGGGCGAAAGCGGCCCUGGGGUAUUUCUGACACCGAGGAGCAGCCAGCUGCACACUUAACGGAGAGGAAACUGAUCUGGCUGAAAUAUUUGGCGUUACCGAAAAUCAUUUAGGAGGAAAGCAUUCCUCAUUUGCUCAAAUCACAGGUGGCGUGUGGAACCAAAGACAGCCCAGUGCUGGAUUCCCGAAGGACAGCUAGAGAUCACAGACCCUUGAGGUGAAGGAGGGUGCAUGGAUCGCUUAAGGACAAAGACUUCUGCCUACCUCUGGUUGGGAGUGGUCUCCGUGGCAGCAACCUUCCUCUGUGCAGAGGCGCGAGUCACGCCAAGCCCGCCCCCCCUGAACACCACCGCAUGCUUCGAGGAUACGGGUCGAUGCCAACCUGGCAUCAUCUUACCCAUCUGGUACCCCGAGGACCCUUCCAUGGGUGACAAGAUCGCGAGGGUCAUUGUGUACUUCGUGGCAAUGAUUUACAUGUUCCUGGGGGUGUCGAUUAUUGCAGAUCGCUUCAUGGCUGCCAUUGAGGUAAUCACCUCCCAGGAGAAGGAAAUCAUCAUCAAGCGUCCGAAUGGUGAGACGACAACUACGACAAUCCGUGUGUGGAACGAGACCGUGUCCAACCUCACGCUCAUGGCGUUGGGCUCCUCCGCCCCUGAGAUCAUGCUUUCCGUCAUCGAAGUGUGCGGACACGAUUUCCAUGCCGGUGAACUCGGCCCAUCCACCAUUGUAGGCAGUGCCGCUUUCAACAUGUUUGUGAUCAUCGGCCUGUGCGUGUCAGUGAUCCCGGAGGGGGAGGUCCGGAAGGUGAAACACCUGCGUGUGUUUUUCGUGACGGCGGCAUGGAGCGUGUUUGCCUACAUCUGGCUCUACAUGAUCCUGGCCGUCAUCUCGCCCAACGUAGUCCAAGUAUGGGAAGGGCUUCUCACCUUGGCGUUUUUCCCCAUCUGUGUCAUUCUGGCGUGGGUUGCUGACCGUCGCCUGCUCUUCUACAAGUUCAUGCACAAGAAAUAUCGCACGGACAAGCAUAGAGGCGUCAUUAUCGAGACGGAGGGUGACCGCUCCAAAGGCAUCGAAAUGGACGGAAAGAUGAUGAAUUCUCAUUUUGUCGAUGGAGGAGCUGCUAGUAAUUUGAUGGGCCUGAUUGAGGGCAAGGAGGUGGACGAGUCUCGCAGAGAUAUGAUCCGUAUCCUUAAGGACCUGAAGCAGAAACACCCGGAGAAGGAGCUGGACCAGCUAGUGGAGAUGGCCAACUAUUAUGCACUGUCACACCAACAGAAAAGCAGAGCGUUUUAUCGUAUCCAGGCCACGAGGAUGAUGACAGGUGCCGGGAACAUCCUCAAGAAGCAUGUGGCCGAGCAGGCCAAACGCAGCACCAGUGUUCAAGAAGUUCACGUAGAAGAACCUGAGGAGUUUGUGUCCCGUAUUGUGUUCGAGCCUGCCAUUUACCAGUGUCUAGAGAACUGCGGGGCUGUUCUACUCACGAUAAUGCGUAAAGGCGGCGACAUCGCUAAUACAAUCUAUGUGGAUUAUAAAACGGAGGACGGCUCGGCGAAUGCCGGUGCGGACUAUGAGUUCACGGAGGGAACGGUGGUGUUCAAACCUGGUGAAGUUGUCAAGGAAAUCGCCGUUGGCAUCAUCGAUGACGACAUCUUUGAGGAGGACGAGCAUUUCUUCCUGCGGCUCAGUAAUGUGCGUGUCCUGGAGACCGAGGAUGAGGUGCUGUCGCCCAGUAGCCUGCCGUACCCAAAGGCCUUGUUAGGAUUCCCUGCUGUUGCCACAGUUACCAUCCUCGAUGAUGACCACGCAGGCAUCUUCACUUUUGAAAGCGAGUCCAUGCACGCAAGUGAGAGUGUGGGCAUCAUGGAAGUGAAAGUGCUGCGGACAUCAGGAGCGAGAGGGACAGUCAUCAUUCCUUUCCGCACAAUGGAGGGACUCGCUAAGGGCGGCGGAGAGGACUUUGAGGACGCCUACGGUGAACUAGAGUUCAAAAACGACGAGACCUGUAAAACCAUACAGGUUAAGAUUAUCGAUGAUGAGGAGUAUGAAAAAAACAAAAACUUUUACCUGGAGCUAGCUGAACCACGCAUGGUGGACAUGAGCCUCCAGAAAGCUCUGUUAUUAGCUGAUGAUAUUGCAGAGAGGAAGAUGUCAUCAGAGGAAGAGGAAGCCAGAAGAAUAGCAGAGAUGGGGAAGCCUGUAUUGGGCGAGCAUGCAAAAAUAGAGAUUAUCAUUGAGGAGUCGUACGAGUUUAAGAAUACAGUAGAUAAGCUGAUUAAGAAGACUAACCUGGCUCUGGUCGUGGGAACAAACUCCUGGAGAGAACAAUUCAUGGAGGCCAUUACUGUCAGUGCAGGAGAUGAGGAUGAGGACGAGGGGGGAGAAGAACGUCUGCCGUCUUGUUUUGACUAUGUCAUGCACUUCCUGACGGUGUUCUGGAAGGUUCUGUUUGCCUGCGUCCCGCCCACGGAAUACUGGAACGGGUGGGCGUGUUUCAUUGUUUCUAUAGUGAUCAUCGGUCUUUUGACAGCUGUGAUUGGUGACCUGGCCAGUCACUUCGGCUGCACCAUUGGCCUGAAAGACUCAGUCACUGCUGUGGUGUUUGUAGCCCUGGGAACAUCCGUCCCUGACACCUUUGCCAGUAAAGUUUCAGCGGUGCAGGACAGUUACGCGGACGCAUCUAUCGGUAACGUGACCGGUAGCAACGCCGUGAACGUUUUCCUGGGAAUCGGUGUUGCGUGGUCAGUGGCCGCCAUCUACUGGCACAUGCAGGGCCGUGCGUUUGAGGUGCCAGCAGGUUCCCUGGCAUUUUCUGUCACUCUCUUCACCAUCUUUGCCUUCCUGGCGGUGGGCGUCCUGCUGUACCGCCGCAGGCCUCACAUCGGUGGAGAGCUGGGCGGCCCGCGCGCACAGCGCAUCCUCACGACACUCUUUUUCUUCAGUCUCUGGUUUCUCUACAUCCUUUUCUCCAGUCUCGAGGCUUACUGUCAUAUACAGGGCUUCUGAAGAGAAGUGAUUGGGGUGGGGUGGGGGUCGGAGUUGAGGAGAGAUAGAUGCGAGGAAGAGCUAAGGAUUGAUUCGGAAAGGUCGCUAAAGUUUGAAGCAGGUGUGGAUUUGAAGAGGACAUUCAUUCUUCAGAUGCCUUUGUGCUGAAGAUGAAGAGUGUGAGGCAUCUCUCUGAGGGGUGGGACAGUCUUAACCUGGAGUCUGAGCUUUUCACAGUCUAUAUUUUUCUCAACACCUGCUGAGAACGACUUUUUUCUAAUGAAGUAUUUUGGGAAAAAAAGACACAAAAAAUAACAAAAAGAAUUAAAGGAUUCAAAGGACUAUUUUCAAAUCUGCUUCCAGGAUUAGAAGUAAUAUUUCAACAGAAAAAUGAAAAUAUAUAACUACAUGAAAUCUGUUAUUGAGUGACAUUUGAAGGACCCAUAAAGUUUUUAUUUAUUUUUUCCUUGUUUAGUUUGGUACGAACUCACAGAGCUUACAGCUUUUACCGUCUGGCCAAAGUCCUGGCUCGGAAAAACCGAACACGGAGAAGAGAGACGAAUAUGAACAAUGGCUGAACACUGCAUUUUCUCCCUGUAUGGAUAUAAUCUGCUUCCAUAUAUUUUCUGUACUUUUGUGUAUUUCCUUGCCAAGUGUUGUUUAUCCGAGCAUCACAGAGGCCUCAGAGAGUUGCAGGAAAACAGAAUGCAAAAACAAACAAAAAAAGUGUUAAAGAGGGAAAAUGAGGCCUUUUUGCAUUUGAACCCACUACACGUUCAUCGAAACGAAUCACUAGUGUAUUUUCUGAUAACACCGUGAAGGAAAGCGCACUGCAUCCGCUAUAACAGUUUUUUUUUUUUUAUCUGUUUGUAUUUUAGUCUUUCAGUGUCGUCGAACAAAUAUAAAGCACCCCAAAGAGAUCUCCCACCCCCACUUCACCCCAGAGAGCCCCUCUAUAUAGAAUCACAUGACCAUUUUACCUCCUUUAGUGUGCAUCUAAACAGUGUUUGAAGUGAAAUCGGUGGAUUCUGAGUGUUUCAUUGGGGCCUUUAAUGUGGUUCGUAAUGUUUACAGGCCUUCGGUAGAAAAGAGCGAGAAUGGAGCGGUACAAACAGCUCGAGACGGUUGUGUGAUUUUCUUUAACCUGGUGAGAAGGGUUUUGUGAGUUCCAGCAAGCCGUAGAGAGAUUUUAGGCAGAGCUGCAUCAGUUUAAAGAGCAGCCUUCAAUUCAUCUGAUGGACUCAAGUGUUUUUCGUGCCUAUUUUUGCUGUUAUGAGCUGAAAAAGAAGGAUGUGGGUGGGGGUUCUGUAUUAUCUGGGGGAAGUGAUGUCAUAAAGAAUUGUUUAGGAUGGCCAAUAAGAGCCCAGAACCAAAGAACAGAACCUUAGACUGCCACCCACAAGCUGCAGUGGUUCUCUGGGCCACAGGGGGGCCACAUCCCAGUUCCUCCUCUAUAUGUCCAUCACACAACCCGAGCAUUUUGUGUGCGUGAGUGCGUGUAUGUUGAUGUGCGUUUCGUAUUUUUUUCUAGCCUCAUUGCAAAUACAGGCCAAAUCCGUUGUAUGCAGUGUUUGGAUUACAGCACCUGCAGCACCCGUGUUCCAUUUUUAUUGUUUACAUUCAUAUACAGCUGUUUAUGUGUGCGCGUGUGAGAGAGCGCAGUUGAAAAUGGGUUUCUUCUCUGAAACUCUUCAUCCAAAUUGCAAAUGUACUUGCUGGCAUUGCUUCAGCCUGCUCUGUGCUUCCUAAUUUUGUUCAUAAUCAAUGUGCUUUAAAGAAAAAAAAACAGAAAAGAACCACUUGAAGAAAUCACAACAAAUCGCACUGAACAUUCACCCAUGCAAGAGUCAUGACUCAUGCAGGCUCAUGCUCUUGUGUUUUUAGCAUUUGAACUUUUAAUUUUGUACAGGAGGGCAGGAGUGUGUGAGCUUAGCUACACAACAGACACUUUCUUUACCCACACACACUGAUUUUAUGAGCAUGUACUGCCUACAUAGACAGCAUCAUCUAAUAUAUGCAACUGAUUAUGCAGCCUUCUGAGAUGCCUCAUUUUGGCCAAGUUUUAGGCAGAAUUGCUUGUAUUCUUCUAGGAGAACCUCUUAAUGCGUUGCAGUGAGCUCAGAGGUAAUAUUAAUCCAAAGUGGGGAAAAGUAUU